GAUGCUGUACCUAUCAAUCACGCAUCCUUCGCUCCGCCUCACAGCCCCGGCUUUAAAAAAGCUCCAAACGCACUGCGACUUUCUCCUGAAAUCCUCCACUUUCAUCUUUCCGCAGGGACCACAGAGAAAAGUCACCAUGAGUGGUGUAAUAGUGCAGAACAUGUCCUUUAAACCGGGACAGACCCUGACAGUAACCGGAGUCCCGAAUCCUGAUUCCACCAAUUUUGCCAUCAACAUCGGGAACAGUCCUGAAGAACUCGCUCUGCACCUGAACCCUCGCUUCAGCGCUCAUGGAGAUAACCACACUGUGGUGUGUAACUCGUACCAGGGGGGCAGCUGGUGCCAGGAGCACAGACCAGACGGCUUUCCCUUUAAUCAGGGCGAGGAGUUUAAGAUAUGGAUCACGUUCACCCAUGACGAGUUUAAGAUCACUCUGCCAGACAACUCAGAGAUCCACUUCCCAAACCGCCCCGGCGCCGAAAAGUACAACUACAUGCUCUUCGAAGGCGGGGUGCGAAUCCACAGCAUCGAGAUCAAGUAGAGUCGAUUUCUGCGAUGCCACAACACAUCCGUUCACUUAUUCAGCUAAUCUACGCUAGCUUUCGUCUGCCUUACACGCCACUGUGGUACUAUGCAACUAAACCACUUAAAAGGAACCCUGGAGAACAAACACGUUUAUCUCAGAAUGCAGAAUGAAAUGAUUAAGUUCAUGUUUACAGAAAAGCUUUUUCUCGCAGUUUUAACAUCAUUCCAAUAAAACAUGCAAUUUCAUUUAAACUCUGUUUUGUAGCUGAAACCAAAUUAAAAGUUCUUUUACAUCAGCGAUGAUUUGCUUCCUGUUUCUGUGGAAAUAAAAUGAAUAAAAUAAGGACUGGACUCACA